UUGUGGCAUUCAGAGCGAAUCCUUUGCCGUAGCAUAGCAAACAGCCAAGGGAGAGUGGGGAGACUAGCGAAAGAGGACAGCGCACGGAAAGCGAGGAGAGGGGAAACAGAGAGGUCGCAUCGGACGGCGGCGAGAUGCUGGCGGUGUUCGAUCCCACGGUGGCCAAGUGCCCGGAGGGCCUCCGCAGCCCGCCGGUCGCCGGAUCGGCCGCUGCAGCAGCAGGCGGAGCCGGCGCGGGCGCGCUGAUGAAGGGCUUCUCCGACUCGCACGACGGCGCCGUCACCGUCAGCCUGGGCCCCUCCGGCGCGCUGGCCUACUCGGCAGCCAACCAGAACCCCCUCGUCCCAAGGUUGUUUGGUGCUGUGAAUGACAUCUUCUGCCUGUUCCAAGGGCACAUUGAGAACAUUGCCAACCUGAAGCAGCAUUAUGGCCUGAGCAAGACUGCGAAUGAGGUGACUAUCCUCAUAGAGGCCUACAGGACCCUGAGGGACAGGGGUCCAGUCCCAGCCAGCCAGGUUGUGAGAGACCUCAGUGGGAAGUUUGCGUUCAUCCUGUAUGACACCCUGUCGAAGUCCACCUUUGUCGCUGCUGACGCUGAUGGCAGUAUCCCUUUCUUCUGGGGUGUCGAUUCUGAGAACCACCUUGUGUUUUCUGACGAUGCUGGGCUCCUCAAGACAGGCUGCGGCAACUCGUAUGCGCCAUUCCCCAAAGGUUGCUUCUACACCACCUCCGGUGGGCUGCAGAGCUUCGAGCACCCGCUGCACGAGGUCAAGGCGGUGCCGCGCGUGGACAGCCAAGGCCAGAUGUGCGGCUCCACCUUCAAGGUCGACAGCGAGAGCAAGAAGAAGCAGGACGCCAGCAUCCCCCGUGUCGGCAGUGCCGCCGACUGGUCCAACCAGUUCUGAUCGUCUGGCUUUGUUCACCAUCUUUUUGGUACCCAUUACCCCGGCUGCCUACUACGAGGUGCCGAGCUGUGUAUCUGAUGGAUCCAUGAGACGAUUUCUGCCACGUUUCUUUCACACUUGUCGAACGUCGUGAGAUUCUCACAUCGCGUUUAUCUACGCUAUCGUGUAACUGAUAUACUAAUCAUACGGAGUGUUCCAGGUGGUGGUAGAUGUACUGCAGAAUCUAUCUCCCGUAUGUUUCAAUAAAGCUCAAUAAGAGGCUCGAUUUGGUUCUGUGGAUUUGUGAUGCUAAUAAGAGUAUUACUUUUGA